CUCUUUCUUGGUGCUGCUUGGCUGCCUGCUUGCUCAGAACAGGAAUGUUAGGUCCAUCACACCUGUGAGUACUUUCUUAAUGCUCACGACCCAGUCUGUGAGACAGCUACAGGCUUUCAACUCUUCUCCACUCUCGAGUUCCAUUCAGGCGCUUUAGUUAGAUGUCAGGGAGUACCACCACUCUACAAGGCCAGUGAAACCUACAGCCGCUCAUUCUGCAAGGGCUUCGAAGGACACCCUCAGCUCACAGUGUCGAGUUCCUAGGAGACAGGCCCUGCCAAGGGGCCUUCUCCACCGGCUUUGCUCACGGGCCAAUGGACUUCUCCACAGCCCUGAAAAAAUUGCAGGAAGCAUGCACUUGUUACAUUUGCUCGGCUCUCUUCAGAGACCCAGUGACCAUUAUCUGUGGGCACAACUUCUGUCAGGAGUGCCUCAGUGUUUCCUGGGAGGAUCUAAGGGAUGUCUUCCCCUGCCCUGUCUGCAAGGUUGAUUCCUUCGUGAGACACUGGCACAGGAACCCCCAGAUCUGUAACUUGACUGAUAUUGUGAGGGAGCUGCAGAGACCGAGCAGAGGGAGGAGGCAGAAAGUCUACACUGUGUGUCAGAGGCACAACAAGAAUCAGACCGUUUUCUGCAUGGAGGAUCAAGAGCUCAUAUGUCCCCAGUGCAGGUUCGCUGAUAAACACUAUACGCACUCCGUCUGCUUUGUGAAUGCUGCCGCCAUUAUUUACAGGAGGAUGCUAAGCCACAGCAUGGAGCUUCUGGAGGACAAAGUGAAACAAUGUAAGAAAGCACUGCCCCUGCAGCGCAGAAAAACUUUUGAGCUGAGGAAGAAGUUCAGAUAUAAGAAAAAAGAGAUCUGUUUUGAAUUUGAGCAAGUCAAACUGUUUCUGCAGACUGAGCAUGAUGCUCUUCUAAACGAGAUACACACUGAGGGGCUGCUGGGUUUAUCAACGCUAAAUGAGUGUGUUGGGACCCUGGCAGAGCAUUUAUCUGCAUUAGAAGAUCUGUUGAAGGGGGCACAGGCCAAGCAUGUGCAGACGGAUGUUGCAUUUCUGGCAAGCCUUCUGAGAGAGUACCACAGAUGUGAAAAGCCAAAACGCCCCCCACUCUGGUCAUACAGGACAAAGCAGUAUGGUCUUAGUCUCCCGCCACAGUACUCAGGCUUGGACAGAAUCAUCAAGCGAUUUCGGACAGAUAUGCAUUUUGAUCUUGACGCAGCACACCCUCAGCUUGUUAUCUCUGAGGAUAGAAAAUCCGUACUUUAUAAAGAAGCAACACAAAGCGUUGAUGCUAGCCCUCACAGAUUUCACUGGCCUGCUCUCCUGGGAUGUAGAAGCUUUCACUCAGGCCGUUCCUUCUGGGAAGUGAAAGUGGGAAACAAGCCCCUGUGGACAUUGGGUGUGUGUCAAGAUGGCUUUCCCAGGCAGUGCAGCGACCAACCCUCAGUUGCUGAGGGCUUCUGGGCAAUUGGGAGAUACAGUGAGAGUGGCUAUGUCACCUGUGGGCCCAAAAGAACUGCGUUUCUGCCAGUGGUGCAGCCCACCAGCAUUGGCAUCUUUUUGGAUUAUGAGUUGGGUGAGCUCUCCUUCUAUAAUAUGGAUGACAGGUCUCUCCUCUACACGUUCAAUCAUUCCUUUACCAGUGCCAUCUGGCCUUAUUUCUGUACAGGAACAGAUCCUGAACCUCUUAAAAUCUUGGUACGCUAUCCCAUCCUACGUCGGUGUCAUCUAGUCCAGAGGCCUUAGUGCUUUGGCUAAUUUAGCAAGGGCAUUUAAGCUUGUAAUUAGACAAAACAAGACAAAAGCAAAUCCAAGUUCAGCCAACUCUGAGAACCAUGGUGCUACCACAACUGUGACACACACGUGACCACUCAAGCACCCAGGAGAUCUACAGCAACAGGAAGACAGACCAGCCUAGGCCCUGUCGGCUUCAUAGAAGUUGUGGAAUGAGUUAGUUGUCAAGUGUUUUUAAGCUUAUUUUACAGGAUCACUUCUUAAUUUUGGGUUUGUGGGGAUGGGGUGUGUGUACGCGUGUGUGUGCAUGUCUAUGUGCGCGUGUGCUCUUGUGUGGGUGGAUGGGCAAGGGCUUGAUGCAGCGCACACGGAGAGGGUAGAGGAUAGUCCUCUUCCUUGUUUGAGGUGGUUCUCUUGUUUGGCAUGGCACAUGCCAGGCCUGUGAGUUUCCGGGGAUUCGGCCUGCCUCCUAUCUCCCAGAAAACAGAUUCCCAUCAAGUCUGGCUCUAUGUCAGCCCUGGGAAUCAGAGCCAUCACCUUUCUCACAGGGCCAUCUCCGCAGCCUUCAGUCACGUUUUCUCUGUUCUUGAUAGAUUCCAUACAGCUAAGGCACUGGCAUCUAAGUCACUAAUAGUUGACGAGGACCUUGAACUCCUGGUUCUCCUGCCUUUGCCUCCUUGUCUCCAUGAGAAAAUGUGUGCACACACUAGAGCUGUUUUGGUUGUACAAUGACUUGUGCAUUGGCAGUUGGAAAGAUUCAUAGCACAUUUGUGGUGGGCAGAGAACUUAUUUAUGGCAGUUUGUGCUCUACUCCCAAAAUAGUUGUAGAUAUCAAAUGCAGAUCAUCAGAUUUGGUGGCAAGUCUUGACUUGGUGACCCCUCUGAACCACCUUCCUAGCCUUUUAUUUUUGAGACAGGAUCUCCCUCUGUAACCAGGUUGACCAACUUGCUGUGGUCUUCUGAGCAUCCUGUGCGCUGGGAUGCCAUCUAGCCUAAGAAAACUUGACCUCUUGUUUCCUACUCUCAUACUGAAGAUUAGAGCCAGGGCAUGAGGUAGUCAAGCAUUCUAGCCCUGAGCUAUACCCUAGCACUUGUUUUUAAUCCACCUUCUCAACCGCUAAUCCUUCAGACAUGCACUCACACUUCUCCCAGCUGAGUUUACAGUGAUUGUUUUAAUGAGUUCAACUUCCAUCCACAUAGAUCAAGCCACUGCAUCCUCAGUUUGUCUCCCAAAUGGGGCAUCAGCAUCUGUCACUUGAAUCACUGUUUUCUUGCCUUGACUCAUUCAUUCAAGGCCUCUUCUUCCCCCAUAGUCUGUUCUCUGGCAUGCAUUUUUAUUGUGGGGGGGGGGGCUGGGCGGCGAUGUGCACCUGAAUGUACGUGCAUGUUGAGGCCAGAGCACAACAUCAGCUGUCAGCCUCGGGAUUCUGUUCACCUCCUUUGAGGCAGGGUCUCUUACUGGUCUGGAGUUACAUGCACAAUUAGACUAGAGUGGCUAGCCCAUGAGUCCCAGGUAUCCUGUCUCUCCCUUCUCAGCAUUGGGAUAACAGAUGUGUGUGCGAAUACUUGGCGUUUUUAUAUGUGUUCUUGGGAUUGAACUCCGGUCCUUAUGCUUUGGAGGCAAGCUCUUUAUCAACCGAGCCAUCUCUUAAACAUGGUUAGCCUUUGGUGGUGUAGGCCCAUAAUUCAGUGUUUCAAAGAGCUGAGGGCAGAGUCAUAUGAGUUAUAGAACAAUCUGGACAAUAUAAUAACAUUCUAUAAAAUACAAUUCAUAUAAUAAAAUAAAAACCUAUACUCCCAGACUCAGGGAGGUGGAGACAGGAGGAUCCAAAGUUGAAGACCAUCCUCAGACACAGCCAGUUCCUUGCCAUCCUGGGCUAUGUCAGACAGAGUCUUCAGAAAACAAACAGAAAACUUUCGUAUUUGUUGGGAUAAAUGUUUUGAUCCUGCAGUUUGAGACUGAAGCAUGGCAGAAAAUGUUGCUAUUUCCUGUUCCUUUUGAAUGUUGGUAGUGACCACAGACUUAGAGCUCCCAUGAUAAAUUAGCUGUUGUCAAAUGAAUUCUUCAUGUUUCCAUAUGUAUGUAAGACUUUGAUGGGGGGAAAUGUCUAUUAAAAAAAAGACCAAUAUGCCAGCAUCUGGGAAGCAGAGGCAAGUGGA